AUGGCAGGCCCCGACUGGUUUACAUCAUUUUUAAAGCGAAAUGCUGGAUUGGCUAUAAGGACACCUGAAGCCACCAGAUUGUCUAGAGCCACGAGCUUCAAUAAAACAAAUGUAGACAGAUGUUUCAGCAAUCUAGAAAUUGUUCUUAGAAGGUAUAACUUUAGUCCUAUGGACAUCUGGAAUAUGGAUGAAACAGGGAUUACUACAGUUCAGAGACCUGACCGAAUUGUGGGUAGACAUGGUGUCAAACAAGUGGGAAGAGUUACUUCGGCAGAACGCGGUACGCUUGUAACUUUGGCGUGUGCUCUUUCUGCUGCUGGAAAUACUGUGCCACCUUUCUUCAUAUUUUCUCGUGUUCAUUUCAAGUCCCAUUUUCCCAGAGAUGCCCCGCCUGGAAGCGAUGGAAGUGCCAAUCUAUCAGGCUGGAUGAAAGAAGUUCAUUUUAUACAAUAUAUCCAGCAGGCGUCUGAAGAAAACCCUCUCCUGCUUUUGAUAGACAACCAUGAUUCGCAUUCAUCUCCCGAAGCAUUAAACAUCUGCAAAGAUCACGGCGUAACAGUGUUAUCCUUUCCGCCUCACUUUAGCCAUAAGCUCCAACCUCUGGAUCGCAGUGUGUAUGGACCGUUCAAGAAGUAUGUCAAUAGUGCUUAUAAUUCUUGGAUGACUAAUCGUCCGGGUGCAACGAUGACCAUUUAUAGCAUACCCAAUAUUGUUCGUACUGCACUACCAUUAGAGGAAACUCCAAACAAUAUUAGAGCUGGAUUCCAGGUUUCUGGAAUUUAUCCAUUUAAUAGAGAUAUUUUUCCGGACAGUGAAUUUAUGGUCGACAACUCCUUGCCAGACCAAGAGACUAUUCCCAACCAAGACGUGCAACAAACUGGACCAAGCAGAAUUGCAGAAAGUAGGACGCCCACGCCCCAGAAUUCUCAGUAUCUCCAGUCAUCUAACAAG